AUGGAUCGGCAAGGGGCCUGCCAGCGACCUACUGCGGAGUCUUCGCAUGGUCACUGGUGCCCCGUUGAUGUAGAUGAAGCUAACAUGAUGCCGGAGUUGCCUAAUACCGCAUUGAGUGACGCUGCACACGGCCUUGAUACUUCUAGGCAGCUUUCUUCGAUCCCUCGUACGGAGCAAGGAGAGAAGUGGACAUACCCUUCUGCUAUGCAGUUCUACAACGCCCUGAUGCUAAAGCGUAAGACCACUCCUGAUGAGGCUGCGUAUAUGCGUGACGCGGUUAUGGCGCACAACGCAGUGAAUGAGCGCACAUGGGAUAAGGUGCUAGAAUGGGAACGUAUGCAUGCCAGCACCUGUGCCAACCCACAAUUGCGCCGUUUCGUCGGCCGGUAUGGAAAAGAGUCACCUAGAUCAUUUCUACAUCGUUUUAUUUGGGGUAUGGGUAAGCCAUUCGAUCGUCACGAUUGGUUCGUGAACCGUUGCGGGCAUGAUGUGCGUUACAUCAUCGACUAUUACGACGACCCCAAAGCAGGUGACGACGUACAAGUGUACAUCGACGCUCGGCCUGCGUUAGAUAGCUUGGGUGCCUUAUACGAUCGCAUCAGGCGGUCAUUUAAGCGCCAACAACCUUAG